AUGCAGGAAAUCAAAGAACCAGACAACCACCCAAUUGGUUCACUGAACAUUCAUUGGAAGAUGAGCCAGAAAAAUCAAGCCUGGGUGGACAAAAUAAAAGUUUCUUCGGGAAUGUGGCCGAGAAACUUCGGAUUAACCCGCCCGCGUCAAAAACUGCUGUUGGCAGCAGAAGAAUCAGCCAAACUAGACAGACUUCCUGAUGAAAUCUUUGUGAAAGUUUUUUCAUUCCUUCCUCUACGAGAUCUUCUCUCCUGCAAGAAAGUUUCGAGGCAGUGGGAGAAAAAUGCGAGCAAUCCGGCGUUAUGGCGGAAGUUAAAUUUUGCUGUCCAGAACAGGUUCAGGGAAGACGCCUUACUUGCUCAUUGGAUUGGUUCGAAUGUCAAGCAGCUGACCGUGAAGAUUGAUAAGGACUUGAAUAGCUACUUGACUCUGAUUUCCCAAACAUGCCAAAAUGUGGAAACCCUGAAGCUGUUUUCGUUCUGGGAGCAGAUUCCAGCUUCUCAGUUGCUGGAGGUGGCAGAGAACUGUUCUCACUUGAAGUGCCUCACCAUUGUUGGCUGCGAUUUGUCUGAAGCUUCUCUGGCUGCUUUAGCCCAGUUCCCCACAUUAGUGAGCUUGACCAUCAGGAAAUCCAGUCACCUCGCACCAAAAAGUGCGGAUCCUCUUCUAGAGGGUCUGUGCAGACAACCAUCACCAGUUUUUGAUGAGGCAGACUUGAUGAAAAGUGGACAGCAGAAGAGAGGACAUCUGAUUGAAUUGGACAUUGUUGAUCAUCCAGCGAGUUCCACUGCAUUGUUGUGUUUCCAGAGAAUGAAUGGUAGGAAGUUGAACAAGUUGGGAUGCAGGAUAGCCAGGGCACAGGAGGCAGUUACUGUUGCCAAAAUGGUGGAUGAAAAUAUGGACACGCUGUAUUUGCGCUACUUUGAAACUCCUUUGUCUGCAUUUGUGAAUGGGUGCAAAGCGGAGAAUUUGGUUGGUUUGAAAAAGCUGCGUAUCACUUGCCAGGGUUUACUCCAAGUCUUCCAAGGUAAUUCCGCCAUUUUCAUCAACAGCCGCCUUCACAGGCGCCAAUGUGGCGGCUGUGUCAACGUGGUUGUGCCAAUGUGGCGGCUGUGCCAACGUGGUUGUGCCAAUGUGGCGGCUGUGAAGGUGGCCAUCAAUGAAAAUGGCGGAAUCACCUUGGAAGACCUCAAGGCAACCCUUGGAAUUGAUGCCAGAACCCUCAAUUGCUACGCCGUGAGCCUGGUUUCCCUCCUAACCCUUCUGCCAAACCUCACUCAUUUUGCUCUGGAAGCUGACUGGGCACCCAACCGACGUGACAUGGACGCACUUCCCGACACGUUGCAAUUGCUGUUCCUGUCGGGUGUCGCAUCAGUUCCGGUCGACGACGCGGUUCGGACUUUGACUCGGUUGACGCAACUGCGAACUGUUCAACUGACGACUCCUCCGGAUUUAACGGAUAAGCUGGUGCAAGUUCUCGCCCAAGGAUUAACCAAGUUGCGUUUCGCAAAGUUUUUGUCUGACGAGCAUUUGACUCAGAGGAAACGAGACUUGCUGGCAACGGUGGCCAAGAACAAGAGGAAGUCGGCCGCGGAAAAAGUCAUUCUCACCAUAUUGCCCUUGCUUCAAAAGUUCAGUGAGUCGAACGCCGCGGUUCAACAGUUGCUGUGUGGCGGCAUCCAAGUCGGAACCGAACUGCGCAAAAGCUGCCACUUCACGGUACUGGGCCAACUCGAGCUUCAUACUUCCGGCAACCUGCUUCAUAGCCUUUGUUUGGGCAGCAGAACCGACACGCGACACAGAAAGACCGACAUUGAUAGCUGGUCGGAUGCCCUUGUAGAAUAA